CCCAUGUGACCAUGUAGGAAUGGACUUUAACAGGCACAACAUGAGCUUCUCCAGUCGGGAAGCACGCUGAUAGGAACAGUACCACAGUGUGAGUUAACACUUGACAACAGUUCAGUGCUGCCGGGUGACGUCACGGUAACCUAUAGGAGCUGCGAAUCACAACAGACACGCUCACAACCAAAGAAAACCGGGUGUUCCUACAACAUAUUCUCAACCGAGAAACGCAGCGCAGUUGGCCAUGGCCCUGGAGUUGGCAUAGCUCCACAUUCCUAUCGGGAGCUUCCACAACUUCACUGACUCUCCUCCUGCACGUCUUGCAGCGGUCAGGGCUGCAAAAGUUGUUUAUUCAGAAUUGCGUAAGGAAGCCAUGCAUACAAGGAAUAUUAUUCAAGGACCUUCGGAAUUCCAGCCGGUGCCACAGUGUUCUCUUGGCCAACACCUUUAUGAACGGUUACAGCUCCAUGGUGGUAAUGUUGCUCAGGUGAAUGCUGUGACUGGAGAAACUAGAACUUUUUCAGAGAUUUUGAAAAGAAGCUUGAGCCUGGCAGACAGUCUACGAACAAUAGGCAUUAAGUCUGGAGAUGCACUUAGCAUAUUAAGUGAAAACUCUCUUGAUUUUUGCUUACCAGUUCUGGCAGCUCUAUACAUGGGUGUUGCAUGUGCACCCCUAAAUCCCACAUAUACUGAAAGAGAAAUGAUGCAUGCACUGAAUAUAUCAAAACCAAAAGUUGUAUUUUGCUCAGAAGCAACAGUUCAGGCACUGGAAAAUGUUGCAAAAGAACUAAGUUUUAUAAAGCACAUAGUAGUUUUUGGAAAUAUUGUUUGUCACAGAUACAUUCCAUUCUCCACUCUUGUCAGAGACACAUCUCUGUGUUUUAAGCCUGUUAAGGUAAAUCCGAGAGAACAAGUGGCUUGUAUACUUUGCUCAAGUGGAACCACUGGACUACCUAAGGGAGUUAUGCUUACUCAUUCCAACAUCUUGCAUUCAGUCAAUCAUUUAAGAGAUCCAAGAUAUGGUAAUUUGACGUCAGAAAUUACACACCUUGGAUUGUUGCCAUUUUUCCAUGCAUAUGCCUUCAUCUAUCAGAUAGGAAAUUUUUGUGCUGGUUCAAAAUGUGUAGUGAUGCCAAAAUUUGAUGAGGUACUUUUUCUGAAGGCGAUACAGGACCACAAGGUGACAAGACUUACACUCGUACCCCCAUUGCUUGUGUUCCUUGCUAAACAUCCAAUGGUUAGCCAAUAUGAUCUGUCCUCUUUGACUGACAUAAAAUGUGGAGCUGCUCCUAUAAGCAGAGAAAUCCAGGAACAAGUGACAAAACGACUUGGAAUAAAUAAUAUCAGGCAGGGCUAUGGCAUGACAGAGACAACUCUGGCUUCACUGAUGACACCAAGUGGAGAAAAUAAAUAUGGAUCAUCUGGCAUAGUUGUACCUUCAACUGAAGUGAAGGUUAUUGAUGUGGAAACGGGAGUUGCUCUUGGACCAUACCAGAAAGGAGAGCUUUGUUUCAAGGGUCCAAUAAUUAUGAAAGGAUACUGUGGUGAUAAUGCUGCCACAGGAGAAACAAUUGAUAGUGAAGGAUGGCUUCAUACUGGUGACAUAGGUUAUUUUGACAGUGAUAAAUAUUUUUUUAUUGUUGACAGAGUUAAGGAGCUAAUAAAGUACAAAGGCUUUCAGGUACCACCAGCAGAGCUGGAGGCUGUACUACUAUCACAUCCAAAAAUAAAAGAUGCUGCAGUUACAUCAGUACCAGAUGUAGAGGCUGGUGAACUUCCUUUGGCAUAUGUUGUCAAACAGCAGGGUGUAUCAUUAACAGAAGAGGAGGUUAUAUCAUUUGUAGCUGGUUUGGUUUCACCUCAGAAACGUUUACGUGGUGGUGUAAGAUUUGUUAACGCUAUCCCAAAAACUGCAAGUGGAAAAAUUUUGAGACGUCUUUUGAAGGACAUAACAGUUUCCAAACUAUGAUUCAUUAUAUGCCAUGAUCAUAACAAUUUUUCAUGGGAUGCUUUAGCUGUCAAAGGUUUGCAGCACCCAACAUAGUUCAUCAUUGUCAGGGUCAAUGACAUUUAGCUAUGAAAUCAUAAUACUUUGAUUAAUAAGAGUAAUCAACAGUGUAUUUACCAGUCAUAAAUACUUAUCAUAUGCACUUGUGAAAUAAAAGGAUAUAUAAUCUUA